GGUAAGUUUGUUUUGUUAGCAGUUAUUGGAAGGAGGAUGAGAGAUUAUGCAAGUGGUUCGGGAGUCGAUGGCUGCCUUGCUGCGCGAUGUGGGCCCAGGCAUUCUUCCCCCAAACAACCUCGCCACCAUCAGACAAUCCGCCCGAUGGGAUUGAUGAUGAUGAGGAGGAAGUUCCAGCAGACAUCGUGCUCACCGACACCCUGCAAGAGCGUUGCCUCCAGUCCCUACAGAGACUCACAGACAUCGCCCAGAAAGAGACAACGAGCCAGCAGGACCUGGCUCACCUGAUGGCAUGCUUGGACACUGCCGAGGAGAAGUACGCUAAUCUCGUUGCAGAAAGCAGCCAGGAGAUGGUCGAGCAAGGAGGGCAGGAGACGCAGGAGCAGCCACCACAGGAGCUGAUGCAGGAGCAGGAGCAGGGGGAGGAGGAGGAGGAGCAAUUGGUGGAGGGGUUUGAAGCAGGAAGCAUCAAGAGGUUGAGGGUGGAGACAGAUUGCGUGAAGACGAGCAACAUUGAGGUAGCUCCUGAGCCGAUCUUCUUGCACAUGUUCGUUGAAGCGGCAGAGAUUGUCUAUCGCAAUCAGGAGACUCUCAAUCAAGAGAUGGUUGCGGGUGAGAUUCCUCAAGAGAUGGUUGCGUGUGAGAUUCCUCAGGAAAUGGUUGUUAGUGAAGUCCAUCAAGAUAUGAUCACAAGUGAAGUCCAGACUUGACAAGACUCUGAAGUCUAAACCAUUUUUAUCAUUUGUAUAUCGUCUACUUCUCAGGAGACUCUCAGUCAAGAGAUGGUUGCGGAUGAGAUAGCCAUCAGGAUAUGAUUACAAGUGAAGUGCAGACUUGACAAGACUCUGAACCAUUGUAAUCAUUUGUGUAUCGUUUAUUUCUCCCGUACUGGGAUGUGGAAUGUUACCUCACACUAAAUGAUCCUGUACCGUGCAAUCUGACUUCUGGCAUCCUUGUCAGCAGCAAUAUAUCAAGGUCUUCUGGUGGUGUCUCAGAUGAAGUCUUUUGUGGCUUGUCUUAUGGUGUUGGACCAGUUACACUGUAGUUCCAUGAAUCAGGAGAUUGUUGCAAGGGCAGCUCAUUCUCAGCAUGUUCUAUGGUAGACAUUCAUCUACCACGAAUCAUCUGUUGAGAGUCCGAAGGGCCUAAAAUCCUAUGGGUGGUAUUCUCGAAAGUGGACUAACUUUAGUCUCUGGUUUAAUCCACCAACUAAGUAUGGAACGCCAAAUGUCCAUAUGAAUACAUUUUUGAAUAAUUUGAUAUCUCCCUAAAUUCCCAUGAUACAAUAAUUAUAUCAUAGUUACAUCGUUGUUUAUUGAUUAUGUUAUUACACUUUAUUUUAAUUUAGUGACAAAUUAAAUUAUUAAAAAACAUAUUCAUAUGGACACUUGGCAUUCCAUACUUAGUCGGUGGAUUAAGCCAUGGACUAAAGUUAGUCCGCUUUCGAGAAUACCACCCAUAGGAUUUUUUCUGACUCUCAACUGACAAAAUGCAGACUGAAGAUGGUUACAAAUCUGUACUAUGUUCAGGAAGCAUGGAGCUUUUUUUAAAAUGAGACUGUAAAAUCAAAAGAUAAUUUUUGCAUGGACAUGCAAAGUCCACUGAAGAUGGGGAUCAGAAAGUUACUCAGUUUGCUAUUUAUGAAUUAUUAAAGAGGAUUGACAUAUUUUCCGAACGCAAUUUAAUUUUAUUGAUUUUGAAUAUUCAUGGAUUUAAAGGAUUGAUUAUCUUUUCAGGUUUCAUGAAGAUGGAAAGAUAUAAAACUUUAAAGGCAUUACCCAUGUGAAAGCAUUAAAAGUUAAAAGAUUUGGACAUUGUUAUUAUUUAUAUUAGAUUGAAUAGUCAGUAGAAAAUCAUUCUUUCCCUGUAGUUUCUCAGCAAUCAUAAGGAAAUACAAUUUAAAGGUAAAGACCAGUUUUGAAAACGCCCCCCCCCCCUCCCUCUUAA